UUAGGUGUGCAUCUUCAUUUUUCGCCCGAGAGAAGUAUUGAUAUAUGUUUAUAUAUUAUAAAAAGUUGAAGUGAAAUUGAAAUUGGGAAAGUAGACAUUUGAGCCGAUAUACUGCUUAGAAUUUGCAAUGAUUGAACACUUUAAAUAUUUGCUAUGUGCGCUAUUGGCAAUUUUUCAUGUGUCUGCUGCAUUGGCAACAAAUACUACUUGGGCCUGCACUAAUAAGGAAAUCAUUCCACGGAACAAGCUCUGCGAUGGCUAUGCCGAUUGCAGCAAUGGACGCGAUGAAUCUGUAAAGGCAUGUCUGUCCAAUGCUUGUAAGGAUGAUGAAUUCCGUUGCGCCUAUGGGGCGUGCAUACGAGCCGAAUUGAAAUGUAAUAAUCAAAUCGAUUGUUUCGACCGGUCUGAUGAAAUGGAACUUUUGUGUGCCUCCGAUAAUGAAAUAUGGGCAAAGCUACAAGGAAAUUGCACGUAUGAAGAAUUUGAAUGUACUUCGGAUGAAUGUAUUGAUGACUCGCUCAUAUGCGAUGGCAUGCCAGACUGCAGUGAUGGAUCUGAUGAGACGGUAAGCGUUUGUGCCAGUAUGAUAUGCUCCGACUACUCUUUCCGCUGUGGCUACGGUGCAUGCAUAAGUGUCCAACAAGUUUGUGAUAAAAUUUGGGAUUGUGUGGAUGGAUCCGAUGAAUUAUGCUCAAUGAGUGUAGAUACGGAUACGCAGGAAGAACCACAAGAAGAAAAACGAACAUCCACGCCUACUGCUUGCACUAUACCCUACGAGAACUUGCAUCUACAAGUCUGGCUUCGUGGCACAAAGAAACUUUUGUUUUAUUUUGAUAAAAUAUUGCAAAAUGAGACUGUCGAGUUCGAGUGCUCGGCCGGUUUUGAAUUGGUUGGUGCGAACCAUUUGGUGUGUAUGGACAAUAAUUGGUACCGCCAGUGGCCCAAAUGCGUAGCGUUGCAUAGGUCCGAACAAUGUCUGCAUAAUCGCACAUCCUGUGAUAACGGUGAAUGUAUUGCUACAGCAGCACUUUGCAACGGUGUUAAGGAUUGUACAGAUGGUUCAGAUGAGACAGCGACGAAAUGUUAUGGACGCAAUUGCACCGCAAGUGAAUUUCAAUGCAAAUAUGGUGCUUGCAUUUCAAUAGGGGCAGUUUGCGAUACAAAGCAACACUGUGCGGACGGUUCGGAUGAGACGCUGCUGCUUUGUACCAAAGAUGAAAAUGAUUUCUAUAACAUAUUGCAAGGCGGAAAUCCCAAUGACUUAUCUUGUGAAAGUGGUAAAUUUAUCGCACAGGAAUUAUUUUGUGUUGGCAAAGCGGAUUGUGACGACGCCUCUGAUGAAACUGAAACAUAUGGCGGGUGCAUUGAUACAAAUAAAUUUUGUAACGGAGAAAUUGAUUGCAUUGAUAGGUCGGAUGAGAAUGAAUUUUUCGCUAAAUGCCCGCACCACAAUUCAUCAUCAGAAGUCGAGUAUAAACAAUCCACCAGCCCUUGCAACAUUCUAGAUGAUCAAAAUCUCGAAAUAUAUAAUGAAAACGAACAAGUUUAUUCAAAACCCGGUUACUUUGACAGUGAAGCUCGAAUCAUUUUAACAUGCAAAAAUAAUUACACAAUAGCAGCCAAUACACCGAAAGUGGUGCGCAUUUGCGAUCAACAGGGUUGGAUUGAUACAUUUGAGCCGAUAUACUGCUUAGAAUUUGCAAUGAUUGAACACUUUAAAUAUUUGCUAUGUGCGCUAUUGGCAAUUUUUCAUGUGUCUGCUGCAUUGGCAACAAAUACUACUUGGGCCUGCACUAAUAAGGAAAUCAUUCCACGGAACAAGCUCUGCGAUGGCUAUGCCGAUUGCAGCAAUGGACGCGAUGAAUCUGUAAAGGCAUGUCUGUCCAAUGCUUGUAAGGAUGAUGAAUUCCGUUGCGCCUAUGGGGCGUGCAUACGAGCCGAAUUGAAAUGUAAUAAUCAAAUCGAUUGUUUCGACCGGUCUGAUGAAAUGGAACUUUUGUGUGCCUCCGAUAAUGAAAUAUGGGCAAAGCUACAAGGAAAUUGCACGUAUGAAGAAUUUGAAUGUACUUCGGAAGAAUGUAUUGAUGACUCGCUCAUAUGCGAUGGCAUGCCAGACUGCAGUGAUGGAUCUGAUGAGACGGUAAGCGUUUGUGCCAGUAUGAUAUGCUCCGACUACUCUUUCCGCUGUGGCUACGGUGCAUGCAUAAGUGUCCAACAAGUUUGUGAUAAAAUUUGGGAUUGUGUGGAUGGAUCCGAUGAAUUAUGCUCAAUGAGUGUAGAUACGGAUACGCAGGAAGAACCACAAGAAGAAAAACGAACAUCCACGCCUACUGCUUGCACUAUACCCUACGAGAACUUGCAUCUACAAGUCUGGCUUCGUGGCACAAAGAAACUUUUGUUUUAUUUUGAUAAAAUAUUGCAAAAUGAGACUGUCGAGUUCGAGUGCUCGGCCGGUUUUGAAUUGGUUGGUGCGAACCAUUUGGUGUGUAUGGACAAUAAUUGGUACCGUCAGUGGCCCAAAUGCGUAGCGUUGCAUAGGUCCGAACAAUGUCUGCAUAAUCGCACAUCCUGUGAUAACGGUGAAUGUAUUGCUACAGCAGCACUUUGCAACGGUGUUAAGGAUUGUACAGAUGGUUCAGAUGAGACAGCGACGAAAUGUUAUGGACGCAAUUGCACCGCAAGUGAAUUUCAAUGCAAAUAUGGUGCUUGCAUUUCAAUAGGGGCAGUUUGCGAUACAAAGCAACACUGUGCGGACGGUUCGGAUGAGACGCUGCUGCUUUGUACCAAAGAUGAAAAUGAUUUCUAUAACAUAUUGCAAGGCGGGUGUGUAGAUGAUGAAGACGAAGUAUUCAUCGCGUGCCUUUCGGGUGAAUGCAUCCCACAGUCAUCUAUAUGCAAUGGCGUACCAGAUUGCAGUGAUCGCUCCGAUGAGACGGUAAAAAUGUGCGCUCACGUCAAGUGUCUUAACACAGAGUUCGCUUGCGCUUAUGGCGCCUGUGUGCCCGGCAGCGCACAUUGUGAUGGGCAAGUGGACUGUGUCGAUGGUUCGGAUGAAAUGCGCGAAUUGUGUGAGUACGUUAAAGCCGAAAGGGCGAAGCAUGAAGAGGAAAUCAAUUUCGAUGACAGUUAUGAAGCGAACAUUGAUAAAAUCGAAGCAACCCAAGAAGACCGACUUAUUAAGGCAAUGAAAGACAUUAUCGCCGAGAGUCUGCCAUCACAACCAAUUCAUAUGGGUGUGGCAUACCGACGGUGUACAAUACCUGUUGAUCGUGUGGCCCUACGUGCCGUUCUUGCAGAGCAGAAUGCAACUCUGAAAGUAGGCAGCCAAGUUGAUAUCGGCAAAAUUGUCACUUUUAGUUGCGAGGAAACCUGGCAAUUGGUUGAGGGGGAAGCUGAACUUUUAUGCAUGCCGCUCGGUGAGUGGUCUUCAAUUGUACCGAAAUGCGAAAAACGGUGUCCUCCGCAAUGGAGUGGAAUUUCCACUACCAGUACAUGCACAUAUAACGACAAAGCGACUGAUUGUGGAGUGCACAGCAAGCCAGGCACUAAGGCAGUUGUACAAUGCGGUCAAGGGUAUGAGGCAAUCAUGCAACGAGUGGACCUUCAUUGCGGUGUGGAGGGAGAAUGGGAUGCUCCGAGAUUUAAGUGUCAGGCGAAAUGUACGUUACCAGCGUCCAACCUAUUUAACGAGAAAAAUGAGAUGUUGGUAAAUAUUUUUAAAUUAAGUAAAAAUGAGAAGGAAGCGUUGAAUCCAAUUUUCAAACUGGAAUGCAAAGGCACCAUAAUUUCGCCGAAACUUGUGUUGACGUCUGCUCUGUGCUUUAGUUACAUUGACUUAUCCUAUAUAGCGGCAGCAAACGAUCCCAUUAUGUAUCGCAUCCUACCAGCGACCACACAAAUUGACAGUUUCAAUCAAUAUGAGCAACUCUCCUAUAGCCAUAACAUCUCUCAAAUUAUAAUAGCUGAUGACUUCACUACUGACGACUUAGAUCCACCAGCGAUUGUUGUGCUUGUCGAUUACUUUGCUCCAAACAUAGCUACACCGAUUUGUAUGGAGUUCUCGAGGUCUUGUUUGAAUAGAGAAAAUGGAAUGGAAGACUCUGCUGAAAUACUGGCUAACAAGAAGGGAGUCGCUUUCUCAUCGAACGGCUGUUUCGCUGUUGUCGGCCAAAGCGAACUGAUCUUUAUGGAUAAAUAUAAGCAGUGGCUCGAAAUGCAUAUUCUAAGUUAUAAAUAUCUAUUAUAGUUAAAAAAAUGUGCAGAUGUACAUAUACACAUUUUUUAAUAAAAUG